AUGACUUAUUCUACUCAAGAACAUACCAAACUUGUAAUGAUUUAUUUGAAGAAAAAUUCUUUACAAAAAACAGCUAAUGCUUUUUAUAUGAAAUAUCCUAAUAAAUCUAAACCUCAUCUGUUAACUAUCAAAAAUCUGAUAAGUAAAUUUACUAAAACAGGAAGUGUGCCAGAUUACCAUUGUCCUGGUCAUCUAAUAAGUGUGACUAAUAGUGACAAUCAAGAGGCUAUUGUUGCCAUUCUUCAAGAAAAUCCACAACAGUCAACACAUAAACUUGCAAAAAAAAUCAAUAUUUCUCCUUUUAGUGGAUAUUUUAAAACUGAAGUUUUUAAAACAUCACCUUUUGAUAUUGAAGAUUUAAAACAACAGAUUGUUAAUGAAUAUGACAAAAUUACUUCUGAACCAUUAUUAAAUAUUAGACAUACAUUUCUUAAUCAUCUUAAAUAUUGUUCUGAAUUUGAUGGUCAACAUUUUGAGCAUUUAAUUUAA